AUGGAGCGAUCCCUUAUAUUACAACUGGACAGACACACCCGCUUCCAUGCUACCCAUCUACAAGGAGCUCAUUGGAGCUGUGGCCUCAAGGUCUGGGUCUUCAUCAGUGGUGACACAGACACUGCAGUGCCACUGAGUGGGACCAGGCGCUCUCUUGCUGCCCUCGGACUUCCUGUAAAAACAAGCUGGUACCCCUGGCACAUGGUCUCAACCGAGGUUGGCGGCUGGAGCAUGGAGUAUGAAGGUCUGACCUACGUCACCGUCUGCGGUGCUGGGCAUGAGGUUCCCCUGCACCGUCCGGAGCAGGCGUUCUUCUUGUUCAAGCAAUUCUUGCAGGGCGACCCCAUGCCGGCCGAGGCAAGUUUUAAUUACUUUCGCCACACAUUGAUCCGAAACAUAACUUGCUUAUGGAAUCUGUAA